AAGCACUAACGUUUUACGGGGUGAACGGGCACAUUAUAACUCGAAACGUUAAAUAUUUUUAUGAUUAUAAUAGUUUUGAACAUAUGCAUAUGUUUUAUUAUUAUGUAAAUACCUGUAACUUAAUUUUAAAUUAAGAAGUAUGGGCAAAAUGAGCUAUUUCUUCCUUUAAUAUAUCGUGGUGAAUCGUUCAUUUUCGUUGUUGUGACGGAGAUUCGCAGUAGGAUUGCUAGCAAGUGCAUACAUAAAUCGCUGUUCUGGUCAAGAAGGCCAAAUAGCGACAAGCGUCAUGUUGCGUUUGCCAUCCGUUAGCCGCGCUCUAGCAGGGGCAGCCAAGGGCAGCCUGGCCCCCUCCAACAAUGUGCGUACCUCAGCGAGAGCUGCCAGUAACAUGGUGGAGGUGUUUGUUGAUGGGAAACCAGUGGAGGUGCUGCCUGGAACCACCGUGCUGCAGGCCUGUGAGAAGAUGGGGGUGCAGAUUCCUCGAUUCUGCUACCACGAGCGCCUGUCCGUGGCUGGGAACUGCAGAAUGUGUCUGGUGGAGAUUGAGAAAGCCCCAAAGCUGGCGGCCGCGUGCGCCAUGCCAGUGAUGAAAGGCUGGAACAUCCUGACCAACUCAGAGAAGACCCGCAAGGCCAGAGAGGGAGUGAUGGAGUUCCUGCUGGCUAACCACCCUCUGGACUGCCCCAUCUGUGACCAGGGAGGAGAGUGUGACCUUCAGGACCAGUCCAUGCAGUUUGGUUCAGACCGCAGUCGUUUCUCUGAGGACAAGCGGGCUGUGGAGGAUAAGAACAUUGGACCACUCAUCAAAACAAUCAUGACCCGCUGCAUCCAGUGCACACGCUGCAUCCGUUUUGCCAGUGAGAUUGCAGGUGUAGAGGACCUGGGUACCACAGGCAGAGGGAACAACAUGCAGGUGGGGACGUACGUGGAGAAGAUGUUCAUGUCCGAGAUGUCAGGAAACGUCAUCGACAUCUGUCCCGUAGGAGCCCUCACCUCCAAACCAUACGCCUUCACCUCACGACCCUGGGAGACCAGGAAGACUGAGUCUAUAGAUGUGUUGGAUGCAGUAGGCAGUAACAUCAUUGUGAGUACGCGAGGUGGAGAGGUGAUGAGGGUUCUGCCCCGCCUGAACGAAGACAUCAACGAGGAGUGGAUCUCAGACAAGACCAGGUUUGCGUAUGACGGUCUGAAGCGCCAGAGGCUGACCCAGCCUAUGGUGAAGGACGCGUCAGGACAGCUGGUCCCCACAUCCUGGGAAGACGUACUCACACGCGUGGCCGGAGCAUUGCAGGGAGCCCAGGGCAGUGACGUGGCAGCCAUAGCUGGAGGCAUGGUGGAUGCAGAGGCUCUGGUGUCUCUGAAGGACCUGCUCAACAGACUGAACAGUGACAACCUCUGUACUGAGGAGGUCUUCCCUGAUGCUGGGGCUGGCUCUGACCUGCGUUCCAACUACCUGCUGAACUCUCGGAUCAGUGGCAUUGAGGAAGCUGACCUGCUGCUACUUAUAGGAACCAACCCUCGCUACGAGGCCCCACUCUUCAAUGCACGCGUCCGCAAGAGCUGGUUGCAUAAUGAGUUGAAGGUGUCUGUGGUGGGGAGCAGUGUGGAUCUGAGUUACACUUACGACCACCUGGGAGAGUCCACUCAGGUGCUGCAGGACAUCGCUAACGGAACACACCCCUUCUGCCAGGUGCUCGCGCAGGCCAAGCGGCCGGUAGUGGUGGUGGGCAGUGCCUCUCUUCAGAGGGAGGAUGGAGGAGCCAUCUUGAGCUCUGUGCAAACCAUCGCCCAGAAUGCCAGGGCCAGCAGCGGAGUGGAGGAGGGCUGGAAGGUCCUCAACGUGCUGCACAGGGUAGCCAGUCAGGUGGCAGCCCUGGACCUGGGCUACAAGGCGGGGGUGGAGUCUAUCCGUAAAGCCCCGCCCAAGGUUCUGUUCCUGCUAGGAGCUGACGGAGAAUGCAUCACCAGACAGGACCUGCCUAAAGACUGCAUGAUCAUCUACCAGGGUCACCAUGGAGACGUGGGUGCCACCAUGGCUGACGUCAUCCUGCCCGGCGCGGCGUACACGGAGAAGAACGGAACAUACGUCAACACAGAGGGGAGGAGUCAACAGACACGCGUGGCCGUCACCGCGCCCGGCAUGGCCAGGGAGGACUGGAAGAUCAUCAGAGCCAUCUCCGAGCUGGCGGGGCUGACUCUGCCCUAUGACUCUGUGGAUGAGGUGAGGGGUCGGCUGGCCGAGGUUUCUCCUAACCUGGUCCGCUACGACGACGUUGAGGAAGCCAACUACUUUAAACAGGCCAACCAACUCUCACAGGCUGUGAAUCAGACUCUUCUAGCAAAUCCUCUCGUCUCUCCUCAGCUGACAGCUAAAGACUUCUAUAUGACAGAUCCCAUUAGCAGAGCGUCUCAGACCAUGGCCAAGUGUGUGAAGGCCGUCACAGAGGGAGCUGACGCCGUCGAUGAACCAUCCAUCUGCUGAACUCAUACGCACACACUCAGACAGCCCAACGACGCACACACUCAGACAGCCCAACGACGCACACACUCAGACAGCCCAACGACGCACACACUCAGACAGCCCAACGACGCACACACUCAGACAGCCCAACGACGCACACACUCAGACAGCCCAACGACGCACACACUCAGACAGCCCAACGACGCACACACUCAGACAGCCCAACGACGCACACACUCAGACAGCCCAACGACGCACACACUCAGACAGCCCAACGACGCACACACGUCAGACAGCCCAUACGACGCACACACUCAGACAGCCCAUACGACGCACACACUCAGACAGCCCAUACGACGCACACAGUCAGACAGCCCAACAACGCACACACAGUCAGACAGCCCAUACCGCACACACAGUCAGACAGCCCAUACCGCACACAGUCAGACAGCCCAUACCGCACACAGUCAGACAGCCCAUACCGCACACAGUCAGACAGCCCAUACCGCACACAGUCAGACAGCCCAUACCGCACACAGUCAGACAGCCCAUACCGCACACACAGUCAGACAGCCCAUACCGCACACACAGUCAGACAGCCCAAAACGCACACACAGUCAGACAGCCCAAAACGCACACACACUCAGACAGCCCAAAACGCACACACACUCAGACAGCCCAAAACGCACACACACUCAGACAGCCCAAAACGCACACACACUCAGACAGCCCAAAACGCACACACACUCAGACAGCCCAAAACGCACACACACUCAGACAGCCCAAAACGCACACACACUCAGACAGCCCAAAACGCACACACACUCAGACAGCCCAAAACGCACACACAGUCAGACAGCCCAAAACGCACACACAGUCAGACAGCCCAAAACGCACACACAGUCAGACAGCCCAUACCGCACACAGUCAGACAGCCCAUAACGCACACAGUCAGACAGCCCAAACCGCACACAGUCAGACAGCCCAAACCGCACACAGUCAGACAGCCCAUACCGCACACACAGUCAGACAGCCCAAAACGCACACACAGUCAGACAGCCCAAAACGCACACACAGUCAGACAGCCCAAAACGCACACACACUCAGACAGCCCAAAACGCACACACACAGUGAUGGCGCUCUCCUUUAUUUAACUUGUUUUUUGCUGAUUGCUGUAAAGAUGUUCGAGGGAAGAGGCUUUAAAGAAAGCUGAAAAUGAAACUGUACUCUGAUUAUGAAUAAAAUCUUAUCCUGUA